CCGCUAAGAAAUUUAAAGAGAGUCCUUAUCAAAAAUGUAAGUAAUUAAAUUUUUGCAUAAUAAAUGGAAUAUUUAUUAUUAUUUACUUUUAUUAAAAUGAUUACUAAUAACAUUAUUAUUACACCCAGGUCAAAAACAACCAAUAAACAUCAGAUCGAGCUGCUUUUAAGUCGCAUGCAAGCGCACCCAGACAUUGCGCGCGGUUUUUUUAAAGGCCAGAAGGACGAUGUUAACAAGUUUUGGCGCCAGGUGGAAGAGGAUUUAAACUCAGCAGGGCCACCAAUGAAAAAUGUGUGCGAAUGGAAAAAGGUUUGGGCUGAUCAAAAAAAAUACGUACGGCGAAAGGCGGCCCAAAAUCUAAAAGCCAGCAAAGGAACUGGUGGAGGACCCAACAUGGAACAAAAAUUGUCGCCUACUGAAGAAGCCAUAUACGAGUUAGUUGGGAUGAAGGAAUCUGUGGAGGGUGUAUCAAAUACACUCAAGUUUGGCCUUUCAAGUCAUGUGACAAAGUCACCUGCAGAUAAUUCCACAGCAGAGAAUGAUAUACUCGAUAGCACUAUUGAAGAACUUGAGGAAGUUACUCCGUAUCAGCCGCCAACGAAAAAAAAACGCAACACUCCGCAAGGCGAGCCAAAAAAGCAAAAUAGCUAUACUAACGAUAUGUUUGUACAGGAAAUCGGUGUGCAGAAAGAGGUGUGUGAGUCAAUAAAAGAGGCUGUGACGGGUUUAAAGGACCAAAAGGAAAUUACAAAAAAAAUUUAUCGCUCCCUUGAUCGGAUUUAUGACGUUCAAAAGCAAAAUUUUGAAAAAAUGUUUCAACUAGAACAGGAAAAAGUGGAAGAAAUGAAGCGACAUAAUUUAUUUAUGGAAAAACUUAGACUUAGUGAAGUGGAGAGUAAAAUAGAGAGAAAUCGUCGUCUAUUGGAGAUAGAAGAUUUAAAGGGCAAUAUUAAAUAAUAAGAAUGUGAAUAAGUGUGAAUCAGACUGAAUUUUUUUUUUUUUUUUGAAGUUUUGUUUAAGUUUUGUU